UGACACGUGUACCAGGUAUACCGAUGGCAAUCAACAACGAAAAAUCUUCACUCAAGUGUCUGCCUUCAUUCCACCGCUCGUGACGAGAACUGCACAUCUUCGCAGCGACAGCGAGAAGAUCUCCUCAUCGUCAGGUUUGCCACCACAAUCAUUAUUACUAUCAUCCUCUUUGCGGAUAGGAAACUUGUUCAUGGUCUCCGGUACAGCUACUGCUAAUGCAACGUUAAUGAUGAAAAGCAAUUCAUCCUCAUCCUCUCACCAGAACACAACUGAACACCAAAACAACGACGAGAACAAACCAAGUAAGCCCUCGGGCGGUCCAGUUCGUAGCAGCGGCAUCGUUGUAAGGAAAAAAUUCAUUUCUCCCGAAGAACUUGACCAGUUGCUCGAUAGGGUCGACAUUGUAGCCCUCAUCGAGUCAUACGGUUUGCCAAGAUUUCAGAGAACCUCUUCUAGUAAUGCGAAAUGUCUGUGUCCAUUCCACGACGAUAGAAAUCCUUCGUUGCAAAUCAGCGGGGAGAGAGGUAUCUACAAGUGUUUUUCGUGUGGUGCAGGUGGAAGUGCACUGAAGUUCGUUCGCGAGUACUCUGAGCGAUAUCCCGAGGACAAUGGCUCACCUCUGUCAUUUAUAGAGGCAGUGCAGGCACUGCAAGAGUUUGCAGAUGCAACAUCCAUAACUAGAGGUUCUCCAAGGCGGCGAGACUGGCAGGGGUUCACAGGGAGCACAAGCAUAAAACGAGCAAAUUCAAAAAAAUCCUCGCUAAUUGGAACGACCUCUCGAGAACGUAUCUUGCACGCUAACCUAUUUGCGGCGGCUUAUUUCGAAGAAAAUCUGUUCAAAUUAGUCUCUGCAGGCCAAGCUCGAAUGCAUUUGCGAUCAAGGGGGGUACUCCCGACUACUGUAAAGGCCUUUGCAAUAGGUUUUGCUCCUGAGUCGUACUUCUCUCGUGGUGAACGACGUCAGCAGCAACGAAAAGAGUCUUGGGGAGAGGGAAGUUUGGUCAAUAGGUUGCGAGAUGAAGGAUUUACCCCCCAAGAAAUCUUGGAUGCAGGACUAGCAAUCCUAACGAAGAAAGGCAAAGAGCAACAGAAUAAGAGCAGUAGCCAAAAUUUCGAUGUUACCAAAAAAAAUUGUGACGAGGACGGUAACGAAGUCAUCCAACAGCAACAUCAACACCAAGAUUUUUCCACAAUUAUGGACCGUUUCCGUAGAAGACUUGUUGUUCCUAUCUUUGAUGCCAAAGGUACUCACGUACUUGGGUUUGGAGGCCGAACACUGGAAAUGUCAGGAGAGCCCUCUUCCAAUUUCAAGGCUGCAAAAUACCUCAACAGUCCCGUAUCUUUGGUUUUUCAAAAAAAAGAGCUUCUCUUUGGUCAACAUAUGGUGGAUUUUGAAGUGGCCAUCGAUGCUAGUGCUUCUAGCAGUGAAAGUAGCGUGAUGAAAACUGGCACGACAGCGCAACGCCGACCACGGUCUUUGAUAAUCGUAGAGGGUUAUAUGGACGCCAUUGCCCUAUGGCAAGCUGGGGUUAAGGAAACCGUAGCGUCAAUGGGAACGGCUCUUACACAGGAACAACUCUUAGCGGCGGCAAGUGUUGCGAGGCAGAGCGGUGGUAGGUUAAAAUUUGCUGCUUGUUUUGUAGAACCACCAGCACGCGGAGUGUAAAAAAAAAAACCUUCUUUGAGUUUUGGGCUGCCACAAUUCAAUCAAACUAACCUACUUUUUUAACCAUACACUUGCUCAAUUUUCGCUAUUUUUAUCGAAUUAAGGACGAAUUGUUUUGUGCCUCGACAACGACAAUGCUGGAGUUGCUGCAGUUGUACGGUUAUGCAUUGGAUCUGAUCCAAUUCUUUUGUCUGUAACGGAAAAAUCCAACGUCGAAUUCUUUGUUGCAAAUCUUCCUGAAUCCGUAAAAGACCCGGCAGAUUUCUUGGAAGAACACCGAGGGCUUGAGGGCCUCGACGAAAAAUUCCGAGUCGAUGUCAUUGAUGAAGCUAUAGAAUGGAGUCAGUGGCAUAUGAAUUCUAUGGUCGCUGCGUAUAACCCAUCAGCUGGCGAUGGAGAAGACGGUAGUUUUGGAGAGAUUUUUGAUAGAUUGGCAUCGUUCCUCUCGGUUUUUGAGGAUGUAGAUGAUCGAAUGAAAAAAGCUGCAUUCAUAGCUCCCAAACUUGCAGACCUUGUUGAUAGAAACCAAAAGAACGAGAAAAGUGAUAUAAAUCGAGUAGAAGCAUCAAGUACAACACGGCUUCAAUUAGCAUCAAACUUAGUCGAAAGGGCAUCAAACGUUGCCCAUUCAAGAGCCAUGAAUGCCCAAAUGAAAUAUGAAUUGUCCUCAGGAUCAACUGAGAAAGGGCCUAUAAUUUCUAAGAGCCUUGAAAUUAGUCAGGAUAUAGCACUGGCGGAUGGAAUGAAGAACAAGGUCAACGUCCGAAACAGAUCUCAAACACCACGACAUUUUGAACCCACCGAUGAUGAUCCCUCUAAAUGGAGACAACAGCAGUCACCAAUGCAGAGACAACGAGCGCAAAUUAACCACAGGAAUGCAGCCAAGAGGCUCCCACGCCCCAUGACAAAUCACAUUGCGGGUAUUGGAGGCAAUCAGUUUGACGAGGAAUGGCUUGGAGUGACGAAAGAUAAGGUAUGUUCAAUUUAUUCUAGAAGAGAAUCAAAUUCUAUAUUGCUUGAAUCAUUUGCCUCACACUAAAUCAUUCAUUUCUAUCUUUUGGCUAUUUUGAAAGCACACAAAUGAAAGAAUUCCCCUUCGGUACGAGCUUACCUACAUAGCAGGUAACCAGAAGUACGUUGGCCCAGAAUCGAGCGUCAGAUUUAACAAAAACAAUUACCACGGCACAUGGACUACACCAGAUGCAACGGCUGCAGGAUACGUUGCGACUUCAAGCUCAAAGGGUUUGGACUUUCUAGAAAAAGGAACCAGCUCUCUUAUAGAGUCCAACAAAGCAGUUAGGUCAUUGUUUGUUGAAGAUUUUUUGUUGAGCAUACUCGUUCGGUUUGCUGAAGCCCGGACGUCUCUUAAUGACUCCAUUCGAGUCACCAAGGCAUCGGGAUUUGGAGGGCAUAUUCAAUGGAGUGCGCCUGAAAAGGAGUGGCUUUUCAAGUGUCUAAUUGAGGAAAUUAUCGAUAUUCCAGAGGGUAUUGUGGGCAUCGACGACCUUCCGGCAAUGCGAUCAUAUUUGAGCAAACGGCCAGAUGCAUUUCCUGGAGCAUUUAGUUCUAUCGCGAAACAGGAUGAUCAUAGUUACAAAGUAAACGACAAAAUGAAAUCAUCUUCCACCGAAACUAUGCGAUAUGAAACAGAAAAACCAAUUCGAAAAGAAAAUGGAAACGAUUCUGAAAAUGUUACUAGUCAUGAAGGGGAUAUGGAAUUUCCUUUCGAGCAAGUGACUCGACCUCUCGACUCGCCAAUGAUAACGAAGAUUCCAAAGAUCCCUGUAAUUCCAGCCAUCGGGGAGGAAUGGUCUGAUUCUGCGCAGAUAGAAGGGUAUGCUGCAGGCGAUAUGCCUGACUUCGGAGAUGAUGCAAUGUAUUUGAAUGGUUUUGAUGACUCAUUCAUGGACUCUAUUGGUCCAAUUAAAUCUCUUGAAUCAGAAUUGGACGGCGAGGCGUUGACAGAAAAGAUUUCUCCGGACGAGAACGCGACAGAAAAUACUUCAACUGACGAUUCGGCAUUGGCGAUUGCGAUUCCCACAUUAGAGCACGCGAAAGGAAAUUCUUCAAUCGAGGGAUCUGAAAAUGUUCUUCAAAAAGCAGCAUUGAGUGAUGAGAACCGGAAGUCGGAGAUAAUGGAUGUAAACUUUGUUGUUGCGGAAGAAGGAACCAUUGUAAAAGAAGGGACCCUUGAUCGGUUGUUUAUGAAUCGGUUGGAAACUUACGACAUCUUCAGCAAGUUUUACGCUGACGAAGAUACGAUGACCAUUGGAAGCAACGAAAACAAGGCAAAGUGGGCUAGUCAGGAUCUUUAUACCAUUCUGCAAUUUACAUCUGUGUUGAAGCGUGUUGAGGCUGGGAGGAAGUACAUGGAGGAGAAUGGCCUCGUUCAUUUUAACGACACUAUAUCGGAAGGAUCUGAAUCUUCCAUCAUCAGCAAAAACUCUACCAUACCCGAAACUGUAAACAGAGAUCUAUUGGAAUAUUGCUCCUCGAGAGCAUUCGAUAGAGGUCUUCGAAGGGACCUACAGCGACUUCGGACCUUGACAGAGAAAAGCAAUCAAGCGACGAAUCGUAUUUUGGCUAUGAUGGGAGCCGAUUUCACCGACAGAUCGGCAGAAAUCCGAGGUUAUAGCUGGCUGGGGAAUGUUCUUAAAUUUAAUGAAGUAAAGAUGGUUGAGUGGAAUGAUAUCAUCGAAUCCAAAGAAAAUUUUCGUCCAAGUCACGAAGGAUUAGAAGACUUGAAAGAUAUAAUUUACUCAGACUGGAAUGAAUUAAGCGAUCCCGAUGAAAUGUAUGAAUUCGACAAAAGUGUUGAUCUAAACCACCGAAGUCAUUUUACGCAUUUGGUCAUAGAUAGACCAGACAGUGAAUCCACGAAGGAUUUCACUGAACGCGUUGAAGAUGAAUGGGAUUUACAAUCGUGGGAUCAAGAACACGACAAACAGCAAGAUAUAGAGGGAGGCGAUUUCGAGCGCUACGACGAUAAGGACAAUUUACUAUUAUCAAACGACUCCACCGAAGUAAACGGAGAUGGUUAUAAAUAUCACGAUCAUUCAUACUCAGAGGACUUUACCGCUGGUAAUGGAUACUAAUACAUCUAUGAAGAAACGCUAUAAAUUUCC